GCCUGUCCCCAUGAGUACCAGACUCAUGAGACCUCCCAUUUUCUCCUCAUUUCUUUCUGUAUGAUUGCCAGUGGAUCUGACUACACUAAAAGUUUCAGAACUCGGGAUGCUACUGUUGCAAGCUCUCCUGUUCCUCUUAGUCCUGCCCAGUCAUGCCGAGGUUACAGCUGAAGAUCACGCCGAGGUUGCAACUGAAGUGUCAGGAGCUUUGAUCCCUCCACCCAAGGGAACUUGUGCAGGUUGGAUGGCAGGCAUCCCAGGACAUCCUGGCCACAAUGGGACCCCAGGCCAUGAUGGCAGAGAUGGCAUUCCUGGAGAGAAGGGUGAGAAAGGAGAUGCAGGUCUUCUUGGUCCUAAGGGUGAGACGGGAGAUGUUGGAAUGACGGGAGCUGAAGGGCCCCGGGGCUUUCCUGGAAUCACUGGCAGGAAAGGAGAGCCCGGAGAAGCUGCUUAUGUGUAUCGCUCAGCAUUCAGUGUGGGGCUGGAGACCCACGUCACUGUCCCCAAUGUUCCCAUUCGCUUUACUAAGAUCUUCUACAACCAACAGAAUCAUUAUGACGGCAGCACUGGCAAAUUCUACUGCAACAUUCCAGGCCUCUACUACUUCUCCUACCACAUCACCGUGUACAUGAAGGAUGUGAAGGUGAGCCUCUUCAAGAAGGACAAGGCUGUUCUCUUCACCUUUGACCAGUAUCAGGAAAAGAAUGUGGACCAGGCCUCUGGCUCUGUGCUCCUCCAUCUAGAGGUGGGAGACCAAGUCUGGCUCCAGGUGUAUGGGGAUGGGAACCACAAUGGAGUCUACGCGGAUAAUAUCAAUGACUCUACAUUUACAGGCUUCCUUCUCUACCAUGACACCAACUGAUUGCAACCAACUUGGAGCCUCCCGUAGCCUAAACACCCCAAGAAUCACAGAACAGUCGACAAGCUUUCAGCUUAGUUUGAGAGACUGAUUUUUAUUGCUUAGUUUGAGGCUUCUGAAUACUAGCCACACGAGUGCUCAUUCGUUCAUUAAAUGACUUUAUAAAAAAUAAUUUCUGUGUUCCUAGUCUAGAAAAAAAAAAGGCACUCCCUGGUCUCCACGACUCUUACAUGGUAGCAAUAACAGAAUGAAAAUAACAUUUGGUAUGGGGGCCUUCACAAUAUUCUCAUGACUAUCCGGAAGUAGACCAUGCUAUUUUCUCCUCACUGUACACAAAUCUUGUUCACACUCACCCUGUAAGGUACAUAUGAAAUACAGUAUCUACUCUUUUCA